CAACUCUGCUCACUUUUACCUUGUUCGCGUCUCCGGUGAAGCCGAAGAAGGUUGGACUGCUGUGGGAACAUCACAUCCACGCAUUAAGCCCACACAUGCGGAGCCUCCUUUCACUUGUUUCGGAGCUACUUAGCCUGGGCUUGCUACUUCUAGCUUGUAAAUUGACUUAAAGGGGUAGCGCUUGGUAAUGGAAGAGUAACUUUUAUGGUGGCUUUUAAGCGCUGUAUUUGAAAUAUCUGAGUGCGGGGGGGUCACAACGAGAAAGGAGGCGGACCCCCAGCUUACUAACUUAACCACUCCAGUCACUCACUUACUCGCUUACCGCCGGUCUUUUGUAUACAGCAGCUGCGUGUACAUGCUCGACCGCCGCUCCAUGACGGACACCUUUCUGGGCUUCCACGGGGAUGAAAGCGGGCGUAGAAGAGGAGUAAAACAAACGUCCACAUUUGUUUAAACUACUACCGAGCUCUGUUUGUUUGUUUGUUUCUCCGAGAGUGCGCUUGGAUUGUUAGCCGAAAAGGCACCCCCAUUGCUCGGUGCGCUACAGCCGCGCGGACCUCCCCCCCCCUUCUUCCCUCUCGCACAUCAUGGAUGUACGUUUUUAUCCCAAUGCCGGUGGAAAUUCUAUUCCAGGAGAGCCACCCAACCUGGAUUUCGCCCACUGUUUGGGCUACUACAACUUCAACAAGUUCCAAAACAACAACAACUACAUGAACAUGUCUGAAGCUGGCGGCGCCCUGCUGACCGCUGGCGAUACAUUUCACACCCCGAGUCUAGGCGACGAGGAGUUUGAGAUCCCUCCCAUCACACCUCCACCUGAAAUGGAACCAGGUCUUGGUCUGUCGGAUGGAGAGUCACCUUUCGGGACAAUGCCAGAGCCGGCGGCCCAGCACAGGGGUUCUUCCUUCAUCCCUCAGUUCCCCCCUCAGAGCCUGGAUCUGCCAUCUAUCACCAUCUCCCGCAAUAUGAUGGACCAGGAAGGGAUGACUCUCAGCAAUGGACAACCACUGAACGUCGGACCGGGCCAUCUUCGCCAGUACACGGCAAACCCGGCCAUGCUGAUGAAGUCGAUUGCCAACAUGAGCGGCCCCAACGGGAUGAUCUCGCGGAAUCAGCUGACCACCAUCAACCAGUCGCAUCUCAACGCGCAGCUCAAUCUGAGCAUGGGGGGACACAACAUCGCCCACACUUCGCCCUCGCCACCGGCCAGCAAGUCGGCCACGCCGUCGCCUUCCAGCUCCAUCAACGAAGACGACCAGGAGGACGGCCACAGGGUGGUCGGCGAAAAGCGACCAGCGCCCGUCGAUCCCACGAAAAAGCCCAAGACUCCCAAAAAGAAGAAGAAGAAAGACCCAAACGAGCCCCAGAAGCCGGUGUCGGCUUACGCACUCUUCUUCCGAGACACGCAGGCUGCCAUCAAGGGCCAGAACCCCAACGCCACCUUCGGGGAAGUGUCCAAGAUCGUGGCGUCCAUGUGGGACGGCCUCGGGGAGGAGCAGAAGCAGGUGUAUAAAAGCAAAACAGAGGCAGCCAAGAAAGAAUAUUUGAAGGCCCUGGCAGCGUAUCGUGCUAGCCUGGUUUCCAAGGCUGCGGCGGAAUCAGCCGAGGCGCAGACGAUCCGAUCGGUGCAGCAGACCCUGGCCUCCACCAGCCUCUCCCCGGGUCUGGUGCUUCCCUCGCCCCUUAACCAGCACCCCUCCAUGCCUUCAGCUUCCCAGGCUCUCCAACAAGCUCUCCCCAGAGCCAUCGCCCCCAAACCCUUACAGAUGAGACUAGGGGGCAGCCAGAUCGUCACCUCGGUCACCGUUUCCCACCAGAACAUGCCCGCCGGGAUGCCGCCGCAGAUGCUCGGCCAGAUGGGCGGGUCGAUGGUGGCGGGGGCUCAGUCGACGGCAGUGUCGCAGAUGAGCCCGCCCAUGCAGCAGCAGCAGCAGCAGCAGCAGCAGCAUGCCAUGCAGCAUCAGAUGCACCUCCAGCACCAUCAGAUGCAGCAGCAGCAGAUGCAUCACCAGCAGAUCCAGCAGCAGAUGCAGCAUCAGCACUUCCAGCAUCACCUUCAGCAGCAGCUGCAGCAGCACCACAUGCAGCAGCAGCAGCAGCAGCAGAUGCAAAUGCAGCACAUGCAGAUGCAGCAUCACAUGCAUCAGCAACAAAUCCAACAUCUCCAGCAAUCCCAGUGUUCCCCGCCGCAGCACUCCCCCGGUACGCCGCAUUCCAACGCGUCGCUCGGAAGCCCCCAGCCGGCCCCCCAACAACAACAACAACAGCAGCAACCGCAGCAGCACCAAUCCCAGAUCCAGGCCCAUGCUCAAGUCCUCUCGCAAGUUAGCAUUUUCUGAGCCAAAAUCCUUUUGUCGACGAACAGUACGUUCUCUUUAAAAAGCAGCAUUUCCAGGUUGCUUUUUUCCAACGUUGCACUUAAGAAGUGUGUCAGAAUGUUAUAUACAAAGAACUCCAAGUGUCCAUUGUUAUAGACGGAU